UUUUGACAGAUGCAGAAAUAGAAAAAAAAGAAAAGCAUACGGAGCGGAAUUGUUUGCUGGUUUGUUUGUGGCUUUCCUUGAAAUAAGUGCAAAAUCUCUGCAAAUCUUCGUCAUCAUGCUGAUCAAAGUGAAGACCCUGACCGGCAAAGAAAUUGAAAUCGACAUUGAACCCACGGACAAAGUGGACCGGAUCAAGGAGCGAGUAGAAGAGAAGGAAGGCAUCCCCCCGCAGCAGCAGCGGUUGAUCUUUUCCGGCAAACAGAUGAACGAUGACAAAACCGCCCAAGACUACAAAGUCCAAGGAGGGUCCGUGUUGCAUCUGGUCCUUGCUUUGCGUGGAGGGUUACUGCUGUGAACUGGCGAAGAUGGACUAGAUUGGCGUUCCGCGGACAGUUGCGCGGGUCCGAGUACUGUGGUGUGUCUCUAUCGUCUCAUUGUUUUGCUUAAUGCUAUUGAUUUGGAAAUGUGUCACUGAAUAAA